AUGACAGCUAUAGAAGAUUGUAAAGACUCAAAUCUAUUAACAGAUGAAUUUUACAAUAGUAUCUAUCGUAAUAUUGAAGAAUUAAAUAAAAAUUAUCUCGAUACUAGAAAUAAAGUUAAAAAAUCUGAAUUAGAUUCAUCAUUGGAUAUACUCGAAGAUAUACUUAAUGAUGAUAAAACUACUUUUAAAUCUUUACUUGAAGAUUAUCAAAAAAUAAAAAUAGAUAACUUAAAUGAUAAUUUUUUACCAUGUAGUGCAAAACAAAAUAAUCUUAAAAAAGCAAUAUUAGAUAAACGAAAUACUUUUAGAUACAAAAUCAAUGAACCUAAUAAUGAAUUUGAUAAUGAUGGUCUAGAUCCAAAUGAAUAUCAAAAAAUAUUAAAAUCAAUCACUGAAACUCAAAAAGUGAUUUUUGAUAAUGGAAAAAUAAAUUCUAAUGUUAUAGAAGAAGAAAAAAAACUUGACAAAUCAUUAGCUGGAGCAUAUUUAUUACCUUAUAUUUUUAAUCUGAUAAAUUUUGAUUCAGAUAAAUUAAAAAAUGAUGAUAGUAGUUACAAUAAAGAUUAUUUUGCUAAAGUAAAAGAUAGUGAUGAAGGUAAAAUACCUGAUGUAGAUGGUCCUGGAAUUUUACCUAUCUUAACUGGUGGAGGUAAAACAACUAAAUUAGUAAGAUGUUUAUUAACAUGUAUAUUUCUAGGAAAAUAUGUUAUCUUGAUUACAACAAAUGAGGAAUUAGCUGCAGAUACAGAAAAUCAUCAUAAUACUUGGUUACAAUAUGCUAAUGGCAUUCCUUACAAAUGUGUUAUCCACAGAAAAGAAGAAAAAGAUAAAACUGGUAAAGAAACAGUAAAUAUCAAUGAAUUAAAAGAUCUCCAUAAUAAUCAUGGAGAAAAUUUUAAUAAAGUAAUAAAAGAUAUCAAAGAAAAAUUGAUUGAUAAAGAAAAUACUAUCAUCAUUUUUGAUGAAGCACAUUUUUCAAAUACUAGUUAUCAAGUUGUACAACCAUUAAUUAUCAGAAUAGGAUAUAAUAUUUUAUUAAUAUCAACCUCUAAACCUAGAAAUGUUUAUUCAUUAACUAAAUUUCAUAAUCAAACUGAUUGGGAAAAUGAAAAAACACAGAUAUUUUUCAGAACAACUGCAAAUGAAUACCUCAGAAAAACAACUAAUGAAGAAGAUAAAAAUGCUAAACCAUUACUGAAAUCAGAAUUGACACCAAAACAAUUUGAAAUGUUAGAAAAAAGUGAUAUACCAUUUGUAAUAUUUGAUAGCUUAAAUUCUUCUGCAGUAACUGGUAUAACAGAAGGAAUGCCACCUGGUUCUCUCUUUAUAGCAAAUGUAAAUCAUGAAAUGGGUUUUAGUCUAGCUAUCGAUAAUGUAAUAUUAACUGCUUUCUUAACAACACAAAAAUUAAAAGAAUUAACACCCUCUAAUGAUAUAGUGUAUUAUAUAAUAAGUGGUAUAAUACUUCCUAAAAAAGAAAAACUGAUAAAAGAAUUAAACUCACGAGGUUAUCCAUUUGCUACGACUAAUGAAGAUCAUGAAUAUCAAAAUUUGUUAUGGGCAUCUAUAGCACUUCCUUACAAAAAAAAUCAUCCAAUGGAAGCUGUAAUAAUUGGUAUGAUAGGAAAACCUAGAGGAACUGUUAGCAAAAGAGAAAUUUGUUCAACAUACGAAAAUGAACCUGAUCCAAAC